CUCGGCUCUCCCCGUGCCACACUGGGAUCCGCCUGGCAGCCACCGGGAGCCGCAGCCAAUGUGUUAGGACUUCAGGUGCUUCUUGGCACAAAGCUAGACUGCGACCUCCUACCGUAGCGCUUGGCGUCACCUGCUCUCCCGGCCCUGCCCCGGGGCCGAGGGACUGCGUCCCGAACCAGGCUUGGGAAUCGGCUGCCUCUCAAAUCAACCUCUAGUCUUGCUUUGAAAAAGCCAUUUUGUGUAACUCUUGACUGAAUGAUUUCCCAAUACACCUGUUGGGAGGAUCACUAACAGAGUAUGCCAUUUGAGAGGUACUUUUUCUUGACCACCUACUGGUGAUUAGAGAAGAGAGGUGUUUUGUCUUUCUGGUUUUUUUUUCCCCUGAUCAUUAUGAACACUGGCUUUACACCCCUGAAGUAAAAAUGUUGAAAACCGAGUCUUCAGGUGAACGAACCACUCUCAGAAGUGCCUCUCCUCACAGGAAUGCAUAUAGAACUGAAUUCCAGGCACUGAAAAGUACCUUUGACAAACCCAAGUCAGAUGGGGAACAAAAAUCAAAAGAAGGUGAGGGCUCCCAGCAGAGCAGGGGGAGGAAAUAUGGCUCCAAUGUCAACAGAAUUAAAAAUCUAUUUAUGCAGAUGGGUAUGGAACCCAAUGAGAAUGCUGCAGUCAUUGCCAAAACAAGGGGGAAAGGUCGACCUUCAUCCCCUCAGAGAAGAAUGAGGCCCAAAGAAUUUCUGGAGAAAACAGAUGGCUCGGUUGUUAAAUUGGAGUCCUCUGUUUCAGAACGAAUUAGUAGAUUUGACACAAUGUACGAUGGUCCUUCCUAUUCGAAGUUCACAGAGACGCGGAAGAUGUUUGAGAGAAGUGUGCAUGAGUCAGGACAAAACAACCGCUAUUCCCCAAAGAAAGAGAAAGCCGGAGGGAGUGAGCUUCAGGAUGAGUGGGGUGGUACCAAGUCCAACAGAGGCAGUACCGAUUCCUUAGACAGCCUUAGCUCCCGGACCGAGGCUGUCUCCCCGACUGUGAGUCAACUGAGUGCAGUAUUUGAGAACACCGACUCCCCCGGUGCCAUCGUUUCAGAGAAGACUGAGAACAAGGAAUACUCAGUGACUGGGCAUUAUCCCCUGAAUUUACCAUCGGUUACUGUUACGAAUCUUGACACCUUUGGUCACCUUAAGGAUUCUAACGCUUGGUCUCCUCCAAUCAAACACAAUGAUGAUACUGAGGAUGCUCAGAGGAGUAAUACAACUCCAGUACCAGAAGUGGCUUCGAAAAGUGUAUCUGUAGUUUCUGUGCCUAGUGAAGAAACACAGCUGAGCAAGGAAGCCGAGGGCUUCACAUGUAACCAAGAGACUCCUGACAGAAUUGACAAAGACAUCCCUGAAAAUAAGACAAUGCCAGAGUCUGAUAUUCCGUCACCACAAAAUGAUCCUUUAGAAGAUGCUGAAGCUAAUUUGGUUGGACGUGAGGCAGCAAUGCAACAGAAGGAAGAGCUUGCAGGUGGUGAUUUUAUCUCUACUGCUGCUUCUGGAGCCAGUUGUGGAAAGGAAGUACCCGAAGAUUCAAGUAAUUUUGAGAGUUCCCAUGUUUACAUGCAGAGUGACUAUAAUGUAUAUAGGGUCAGAUCCAGGUAUAAUUCAGACUGGGGAGAGACAGGCACUGAACAGGAUGAGCAGGAAGAUAGUGAUGAAAACAAUUACUAUCAACCGGAUAUGGAAUACUCAGAAAUUGUUGGAUUGCCAGAGGAAGAAGACAUCCCAGCAAAUAGGAAAAUUAAGUUUAGUAGUGCUCCAAUUAAGGUUUUCAACACAUAUUCCAAUGAAGACUAUGACAGGAGAAAUGAUGAAGUUGACCCCGUGGCUGCUUCAGCUGAGUAUGAACUUGAAAAGCGUGUGGAAAAGUUGGAACUUUUCCCAGUAGAGCUGGAGAAGGAUGAGGAUGGACUUGGUAUAAGUAUUAUUGGAAUGGGUGUUGGAGCAGAUGCUGGACUUGAAAAGCUGGGAAUUUUUGUCAAGACAGUUACAGAAGGUGGUGCUGCUCAGCGGGAUGGCAGAAUACAAGUCAAUGAUCAGAUUGUGGAAGUGGAUGGAAUCAGCUUGGUGGGUGUCACACAGAAUUUUGCUGCAACAGUUCUCCGAAACACCAAGGGCACAGUCAGAUUUGUCAUUGGACGAGAAAAACCAGGACAAGUCAGUGAAGUUGCCCAGUUAAUAAGCCAGACACUGGAACAAGAAAGACGCCAGAGAGAGUUGCUGGAGCAACACUAUGCCCAGUACGACGCAGAUGAUGACGAGGUAACCAUGGAGGAUUUCAGUAAGCCCCUCAGACAGUCAGCACUGUCCCACGAAAUUCUAGGGAACACUGUGGCUGAAUUGCAAGGAGUGUCUGGCAACUGCAAUAAUAAUAACAACUAUUUCAUUAAGACAGGAGAAUAUGCCACAGAUGAAGAGGAGGAUGAGGUAGGACCUGUUCUUCCUGGCAGUGACAUUGCCAUUGAAGUCUUCGAGCUGCCUGAGAACGAAGACAUGUUUUCCCCCUCAGACCUGGACACAAGCAAGCUCAGUCACAAAUUCAAAGAGUUGCAAAUCAAACACGCAGUUACAGAAGCAGAGAUUCAAAAAUUGAAGACCAAGCUGCAAGCAGCUGAAAAUGAGAAGGUGAGGUGGGAACUAGAAAAAACCCAACUCCAACAGAAUAUAGAAGAGAAUAAAGAAAGAAUGUUGAAGUUGGAGAGCUACUGGAUUGAGGCUCAAACGUUAUGCCACACGGUGAAUGAACACCUCAAAGAGACGCAAAGCCAAUAUCAGGCCUUGGAGAAGAAGUACAACAAGGCAAAGAAACUGAUCAAAGAUUUUCAACAAAAAGAACUUGAUUUCAUCAAAAGACAGGAAGCAGAAAGAAAGAAAAUAGAAGAUUUGGAAAAAGCUCAUCUUGUAGAAGUUCAAGGCCUGCAAGUGCGGAUUAGAGAUUUGGAAACUGAGGUGUUCAGGCUUCUGAAGCAGAAUGGGACUCAAGUUAACAAUAACAAUAACAUCUUUGAGAGAAGAACAUCUCUUGGUGAAGUCUCUAAAGGAGAUACCAUGGAAAACUUGGAUGUCAAGCAAACAUCUUGUCAGGAUGGCCUAAGUCAAGAUUUGAAUGAAGCGGUUCCAGAGACAGAACGCCUAGAUUCAAAAGCACUGAAAACCCGAGCUCAACUCUCCGUGAAAAACAGACGUCAGAAGCCCUCUAGGACAAGACUGUAUGAUAGUGUCAGCUCAACAGAUGGAGAGGACAGUCUAGAACGAAAGCCUUCAGACAGUUUUUAUAACCACAUGCAUGUUACCAAAUCACUUCUGCCCAAGGGUUUGAGAACAUCUUCUCCAGAAUCAGAUUCUGGUGCUCCAUCCCUCACCCCAGUGGCUAGCAGUGUGCCCUUCUCACAUGACCUCGCCACUGAAUUUCAAGGAGGACCCCUGCACCCGGAAAGGGAGCCUUCCUCCUCUACGUUGGGAGAUACUUCACUCUCUUCUUCAAAAUCUGAUCAAGAAAUGGAAGAAUCUCCUUGCCACCAUCAAGCUACCACCAAGAAAAUAUUACAAGAAAAAGAUGGUGCCAAAGGUCCCAAAUCACCAAGGGCAUCCAGUUCAUUGGUGAUGCAAGGAGGAAAAAUUAAGCGGAAGUUUGUGGAUCUGGGGGCACCUUUGCGAAGGAAUUCCAACAAAGUAAAGAAAUGGAAAGAAAAAGAAGUCAAUAGAUUUUCUUCAGGUAACAGGGUCUUCAGAGGCAGGCUGGACCACUGGAAACCGAAGCCAACCUCCCCAACUCAGGCCUCCCUUCGCUCGCCUUGCAUGCCUUUCUCGUGGUUUAAUGAAAGUCGGAAAGGAUCCUAUUCUUUCAGGAACCUGCCUUCACCUCCAAGUUCCCUGCAGCCUUCUUCUGAGACUCUAAUUUCACAUAAAAAGGGGUCCAAGAAUUUUACCUUCAACGACGACUUCAGUCCCAGCAGUACCAGCUCAGCAGACCUGAGUGGCCUAGGAGCGGAACCCAAAACUCAAGGGCUCUCUCAGUCUUUAGCGCUGUCAUCAGAUGAGAUCCUUGAUGACGGACAGUCUCCCAAACACAGUCAGUGUCAGAAUCGGGCCGUUCAGGAGUGGAAUGUGCAGCAGGUUUCUCACUGGCUCAUGAGCCUAAACCUGGAGCAGUAUGUAUCUGAAUUCAGUGCCCAAAACAUCACUGGAGAGCAACUCCUGCAGUUGGAUGGAAAUAAACUUAAGGCUCUUGGAAUGACAUCCUCCCAAGACCGAGCAGUGGUCAAAAAGAAACUCAAGGAAAUGAAGGUGUCUCUGGAGAAGGCUAGGAAGGCUCAAGAGAAAAUGGAAAAGCAAAGAGAAAAGCUGAGGAGGAAGGAACAAGAGCAAAUGCAGAGGAAGUCCAAAAAGACAGAGAAGAUGUCAACUGCAGCGGAGGGUGCUGGUGAGCAGUAGCACGCGCCCUGACAGGGUGGGGAUGCCCCCGUCUCUACCUCCUCCUGCCCUGCUCUCCUCUGGAGCAUGAAGAAGAAACUGCUGACAGGGAUCGGGCAGAUUGGGGACCUGUGUGUCGAAUAACCGCAUUUUCUGCAAUAAUAGAAUACACUCUUAAUAUUCAUCUACUAAAGUAACCCCAGACCACCUUUGGUUUAUUAACAAACCAAGGCUCUCAUUUAUGAGAAAUGCAAAGUAGCUGUGUUUCUCUCUUCUCUUACUUACCAACAUCUUGUGUUGUGUUGGGUCAUGUCACUUGGAGAACCAGUUGACCCUGCCCAACAAGAGCAUGAUGCCCCCUGGUAUUGUUAGGGGAGCACUGUAAGUUUGCAGUAUGGGGUCCUGAACUGGGUGAGUGCACAUUUCUGCAUGACCUGGGGCACCACUCCGCCGUAGGAUCUGGGCUACAGAAUCAACUCCAGUGUGUGGCAAUGUCCCUCUCAUUUCCAUGUCUCGACUGUGAGUCAUUCCCAUGUGGAAAUGUGGGUGCUCUGCCACGUAAGUACCUGCUGUGGCAAAAGCAAAGUGUCCUGCUUGCUGGGCAUCAGUAAGAGAGGAAAGAAAUUAGAGUUAUUCGCUAACCCCAGAAGGAAGCAAAAGCCUUAAGAUUGUGCAUGUGGGUAAUAGCUUGGAGUUCUAAGGGUAACAUUUACCCUCCAGAUUCAGCCAAACAAAGAAAAAAAAUCACACAUCAAACAGCCGUGGGAUAUUGGGAUCUCUUGUUUCCUUUGUCACCACUGUAUGUUCAGUAUUUCAGCCGCACUGACACCCCACCUUCCCCCACCCCCCACCCCCAACAAAUUGAACAGGAAAUUGAUUUUUAAGGAAACCAACAUUUUCAGGUUUUUUCUCCUGGGGAACAUUCUGGCUGGUCUUCAGCCUGGUUAUGACACAAUCAGGAACUUGUCCCGUAUUUUCUACUCAAGAUUUCCCAAGUGGGCUCAGUUAGUGUUUUAACAAAUGUACUUUUAAGAAAAAUAGAAAUACCAGUUAAAGAAAAUUUAGAUUUGAGCAAUUUUAUUGAGCACACAGAAUGUUCCUGUAAAGGAGAGCUGUCAGUUACAUUUUGGAGAUAUUUUGAGUGGUUUUUCUGAGUCAUUCUCUUCCAUUCUUUGAAGAUUUCCACUUUACAGUUCAAUUUUGUUUAAGAUAGGGCAAAAAAUACAGCCUAACAGUAGAGGCAGUUAAUAUGUAUUUAAAGCCAGUAUUAAGGAUUUCAGUAUUUUCAUCAAACUAAUUCAAGUGCUAGUGACUAGGGCAGAAGGAGGAGAAAAUAAACUCAUCUUGAGAAACUUCAAAUGAUGGGGUUUUUUUUGCUGUUACUGUCUUGUUUUUUAUACUCAUUAUCUGGUUCUCUUUACUGCAUUGGCUCUAAAAAUGAGGUCAUCCAUUUUCCACAGGACGAGUUUCAAAGUAAGAGUUAAAGCCAGUUGAAGUCUUGGACAAGUGUUUCUUCCUUUACUUUACUCCAUGAGAGUCUCUAUUUGUUCCCAGCCCUGUUCACAUCUUCCACUGGAAAUCUUGUAUACACAGAGCUUAUGGGGGGAAGGUUUUAGAAGGUCAUGCUAUAAAGGGGCUCCUGCCCGUAUAGCUACAGCUCACAUUUUCAACAUUAUGAAUUGUUUUUUGCUUGUUUGAAUAUAUGAAAUCUGGAAUUAUCUCAACUAGAAGAUUUACACUCCUAUUCUUUCCCCAAUGCCUGUUUCCUUUUCAAUGCCAGCAUAUUGUCAGUUAAGCUUCAGUCCUUUGGUUACUUGCUACAAAUCAUUUAUCCAGUCUCAGAAACACUGGCAUAAAGUAACAUUGUGCUUUACAAUUGUCAAAGUCACUAUGUAUGUUUUCCUGUGUAUCUUCAUUUGGGUUAUAAUAAUGAAACUGCCAUACUGGAUACUCAAUAUUUUGAGAUGUGUGGUGCUUUGCUAUUUAUUACUAUCACGAGAAACAAGGAACCACUACUAAUGAACUAUAAAAUUCAGCAAAUCUUUUCUAAUGUUAAAAGACUAAAUUAUUCGAAAUCUGAUAAUAUUAAUGCUUGCUUGCUAUUGUAAAUUUUUGCCAUUUUUGCUUAUCUUUGGGGGAAAAGGAUCUGGAUCACACUGGAAAUUUCUCCGUAUUCAUUUUAAGAGUGGAAAUAGAUAUAGAAGGAUGAUUACCUUAAGUUAUGUUUACACUUUGGUAAUGUUUGAAAAUGGAUGUAUAUACUGGAAAUGUCUGUAAGUCUCCCAUCUCUCUGCACAUAAUUUAUGAUCUAUCAUAUUGCAUUUUCUUAAGUGUCUUAGAAGUAUUGUUUAUUUUAUCUUUGUGUGCUUCCAAUAUUUAGAUCAAUGACUGACUGACAAUACUAUAAAUCAAACUCUUAUUCCUCAAAUUAUUUAGUUUGUAUUUUAACUGUUUUGAUUCAGUUAAAUUAUAGUAAUUUUACAUCUUAAUGAGUUAUUUUAACAUUUAUUAUUUAAAACUGCUCAAGUUGUAAGAGGCACUUGAUUUGAUUAUCCAACAGAGGAUAAAAUGGAAACUGAUUGAUAUGAGUAUGAAAACAAAGUGAAGGACCUCAGAUCUUAGGAACAUUUUGUUUUCCUAUUGUUUCUUUUAUUUACUGACUCUAGUGCAUGGUGACUAAUUGAGGUUCCAGUUCCUGCUUUAAUGCUUGUGAUUUUUGGUGUCCAUACAACUUAACACAGGAUUGUUGCUUCAUGAACCUUAAGGACUUUGGUUUUUUCAUUCAUCAGAAAAUGAACACAAAGGGAAUAUCUGGUUACUGUGAACUCUAAUCCCUAAAAGACAGCUCAGUAUGACUUUAACAAUAGCCAAAAGUGUUUUGGAGUAUCGGUAAUGCUUUUGGGGGGGGGGGCAAGGGAUAUUUGUGAGGACAAGCUGUAGACAGAGAGUGUUAUAUGAACUGAGUGUCUAGGGAAGGGUUUCCAGUAAGGGGCUUGAGUUUCAUAACAGAUUAUUUAAGACCAUCUCCCUUAAAGUAACUCACAGUUUAGAGUUUUCUCUUUUUAAAAGAUGUUUUCAUGCUGAAUCAAAAGUUUACUUCUGAGUGAUAGGUAGGACAGAACCCUAAUUCUGCCCGUCUUGACACACUGAUGAAGUCCACUUUUAGUCUCACGGCAAUAAAGCUAUUCUGUGUGCGCCUUCUUUAGGCGAGGUAGGCAUUGACUUCCCACCCUUGACGUCUCUUCAGCGUUUUUAACCCACAGCCCUUCCUGAUUAUAGUGUGAUGGGUGUUAAUGCCAAAUUCAGCUUCUAAAGGGCAUGCAUGAUAUGGCCACAUCUGCCUUGUGCUUGUGUUGGAAACAAAAUGGGAAGGGGACAGUGAGGAACCCCAUGAGCCCUUGCAGCUGCCUUGUGCUUCAUUAUCCAUCUCUGACCUGAAAUCUUAGUGUCUCCUGGACAGUGGAAAUAGUCACAGGGCUUUGGAUCUAGCCUUGACUAAUCUCUGUGGGUUUUGCUUGAAGACAAAGAAUUCUCAUGUGGGUCCUUUGUGUACUAAGAUUAACAUGUGCUUUAAAACUCUAUUUAAGAAGGUAAAUGAAAACUUGCAUAUAUAUGGAUAUUCUAACCCAUUUAAAGUGUUAAAGGUUAUGUAGAUCAAGCUUCAAGAGAGAAAACCCAGUGUUGAAUAACAGUGUUUGAGAUGAUUCUAUAUGGAAUCACAGCAAUUCUUGUAUCUCAAUUCUAAAAGAAAUACCUGUAUUUUGGAUGUGUCUUAGCCCCCUCCCUACAUUGAGACAUUUAAUAAUUACCAAGUUCCAUUUGGGAAGCUAAAGUUAUAGUCCCAAUACAACUGCAGAUGCAGGAUAUUUGAUGUGGGUGGACAGAAGUCACUAGGGUUCAUGUCACCUACUAAAUGCUAAGUUCUUAAUACUUUCUAAAUGAAAGGAAAAUGGAAAAUAAAAGCCCCUUUCCUUUCAAAAUACACUUUCAAAUUACCAUUACUCAAGGACCUACCUGUACCUUAUUUUAAAAAUGAAACAUUUACUGAUGAAGUUCAGAAUUUUGGUUACAAUUUGGUGGGAGUGGGGAAUAAAUUCUCAAAAAAAAGCAGUGUUGUAAAAAUAUGAAGACAUUUCAGUGAUGCACUUUUGAAAAACAACCUGAGUAUUCAGGCAGAUUUUGUUUGUAUUUGUCGUCAAUAUUUAAAGUCUCAGGAAAUUUAGGCUCAGUCUAAAACACUGGGGAGCAAAUACUACUAGACAAAAAACAUUUGGAUAACUUAAGGUAUCAGCAUAGAAUACAUCUAACCAGGAAAUUAAGGGGCUAAGAAAGAGCCUAUAUCAUCAAUGCCCCCCUGAAACAUGAAUGCAUUGAGUUCUAUUUAUGGUAGAUAGAGGGUCUCGAUAUGCCUCUGCAUGGGUGUCCAUGUGAAGAUGUUGAGGUAGUGUUUGUUACUUGGAAGCUCAUCUAAGUGAAUGUGUGGGUCAAGCACAGCAUGUGACUUGUUUCUAAAUCUACAGAGUGGAAAAAGGAAAAAACAGGAUGAUUUCCAACCCUUGGCCUUACCCUAAACCCGACCCCAAAACUGCUAGGGGAUUCAAAAGUGAAUGAGGUAAGGAAUGAAAGAACAAGAGGCAACUUCUCAAUAAUGUGCAUGCCACUUGUGUAGAUGUACAGAACUAUAUACGUGUGAAUAUAUCUUCCACCUACAUACACACACAUACUGCAGUCACACGGCAUAAAAAACACAUACUGUUUCUGGAUCGGUAAUGUCAGCUAGGACCCUGAGCAGUAAUCAUAGCCUUAUUGCCACUUUUUUGGGUUGCGUAUACAUUGAAUGGCUCAUAAGAUUUUAAGAGAUUUUUUUUAAUGUAAGUAUUUCUACUAAAAUGCACUUAUCCUUCUACAUGUUUAUAUAUUUUGGUAAAAUUGAUUUAUUAGAUACUUGGUAUUUUAGUAAGAUAAUAUUUCCUCAAACGUUCGGUUAAUGCUUUGAUGUCAAGAUCGCACAUUGCUGAGUUGAAGCUCAGAAAUUUACAUAGCUUUGGGCAUUUUCAACUGUGGACUGCAGUUUCCUUGGCUAAAAAUUGCACUGUGUUUUCUUGUGCGUUCAUUCACACUCUAGAAUGACAUCUUUGGUGGCUGUGAUGCUUAAGUCAUUAACUACUGGCUCUCUGAUGGCAGUGUUUCCAUCACAUAAUCAUCUUUACUUCUUUUGCUCGGUGACGGCAUGGUUAAGUCAUUGCCCUAUCUAACAAAAGUGGAUGUGAGCAUGAAUAUGUUGUUGGAAGGUGUGCACUUCUAUUUCUUUCAACUAUUUUUUCACACGGCCAGACUUUCUGUUGCAGGUUCAAUCUUUCAUUCCUAGAAGAACAAUUGGCCACAAAUAAUUAAAUCACUUUAAAAAGUGGGAAGUAAGCAGCUAGAUAACACCUCCUAACAACAUCAGAUUUAGAUAGUGCUUAGUGACACCACUUAAAUAUAUAUGUAUAUGUUCUCCUUAAUAUUAUUUAUCGUCGUCACUACUGCUUUUGUAAUUUUAAUGGUAUUGCAUUUAAACCACUAGUACAACUACUACAUAUCACUAACAUAACUGGCCAGCUGGACAAAAAAAAAAAAAGAGAAUGAAUUAUUCCAUUGUAAGAAGUUGAUUUAUUUUAAUCUUUCGUUAUCACUAAAGGGAAAAAGUUGUUUGAAAAUAAUUUUAAGUCCAAUAAGUACGGAUAGCAUGUUACCUGAAACUUUUAAUUUGUACAUUUUUGUGUCUGUUCAUUUGCAUGGAAGAGACAAUAGUGCCACGUCUGAAUUGUUCUCUUGUGCUUGGUUAUAAAAUGUAUUUCCCUAGAUUGUUCCAUUUCAAAUGACACUUCUUAUUCUUUGGUUUUCAGAGGCAUUCAAAGCAAAUUAUCACAGUGGUCCUUUGUUUCCAACUAAUCUAAAAAUACCUGUGAUUAAAUUUAAUUUGUUAGUGUAAAUAAAUUUCUUGCCAAUGAGUAUUACUGUUGUUAGACAACGAAUGCAAUAAAAAGAGAAAUACUAAGA